AUGGGAUCACCGGGACAGCCGGGGCAAUGGCCUCGCUUGGUUUACGCUAUGGCAAUUUUGCUUGCUGCCACCACUGCUGGAGCUACAGAUUAUACGUAUGGCUCACCGCCGCCACAUGACUACUACAAGUCCCCACCUUCUCCACCCAAGCAUGAAGAGUAUCCACCGUAUUACGACAAGUCCCCACCACCAUACUACUACAAGUCCCCACCUCCUCCACCAAAGAAGGAAGAAUAUCCACCUUAUUACUACAAGUCUCCACCACCACCCAAAAAAUCUCCUCCACCUCCUUACUACUACAAGUCACCACCUCCACCACCAAAGAAGGAAGAACAUCCACCUUAUUACUACAAGUCACCACCUCCACCUAAAAAAUCUCCUCCACCUCCAUACUACUACAAAUCACCACCUCCUCCACCAAAGCAUGAAGAACACCCACCUUAUUAUUACAAAUCACCUCCACCAAAGCAUGAAGAACAGCCGCCUUAUUACUUCAAAUCGCCAUCUCCUCCAAAACACGAAGAAUAUCCACAAUAUUAUUACAAGUCACCCCCACCUCCAAAAGGCUAUUAA